UCUUUAAAUAUGUACUUCUGCUUAAUAAAGCAUUCACAUUUUUGAUUAAUAACUUUGGAUGUCCAACCUCCCUUCAGUUUUCGUAAUUCACUUUUCAGGUUGUAGGUAGUAGGAAAAAAGUAGCAAGGGGUUUUGUAUACAUUUGAAUGUUUUCAUUUUCACAUAAUCCUUCUCAGCAUUUGUCCCCCUUUGUCUCCAAAAAAAACAAAAAAACAUUUUUUCAGGAAGGAAAGCAUUUACAAUACAACAUAAUCUCAAUUUCAUGAAGCUAAUUGGAGGGGGAGGAUUGUCUCUAACUCAAGACAUAUUUAUAUGUACAUUUUACAUAGUUUAAAUGAUUACAGAUUUAUGUAGAUGAUACGAACAUUGAAAAAGUCCAAAUUCACAUUUUGCACCAACUGAGUGACCAUUUAGAAAACUGAGCUUUUACAGUAAUAGUUUUAUUGCUUUUUGAGGUAAUGGGAUUAUAUUAAUAACUUUUAACUUGAAAUUAUGAUGGUUUUCUGACUUUCAUAGUAGAAAGUUUAACACCCCACUCUUUCUUUCAGCUCCUUCAAUUGUGUAUCUUUAUUGCAGGCCAUAUAACCAUAUUGGAAUAAAUGUUGCUUUGUUUUUUAAAAAAAAAAAUUUCUGUGCUUCAAAGAUGAUGGGAAAUAAUUUACUAAAUUUUUAUAGGUGAAUCUCCAGCUAAAGUAAACUUCUAAUUGUAGAAGUUCGGAAUAUGAUAGAAUUUCUUACUCUUCAAAAUAUAAUGGAAUGGUUUUAUUCCCAAUGUAGGCUGGUUUAGCUUCACUUUUGAAAAAUACACAUAAACUAGUUUAAAUGGCAUUAAUUAUUUCAUAAUGUUGAAAUUAUUACAGAAAGCAUUAACUCAAAUCCCAGUAGCUUGCUUGUCUUUAUUACAGAUUUAUUUUUGUUAGACAUAGUUUUUUUUUUACUUGGAGCUCAGUGGUUAAACUAAGGUUGCUAAUGCAUUUCUACUUACUCAUCCUGUACAUUGGGAAAGUCAAGGACCCAGUUCAGAAAGAUAAGUAGCUUUGUGGCAGAGAAAAAGUAGUUAUAGUAAUGGUCAAAUACUGCUUUUGUAGAGGCUACUACUACUACUACGCCACAUUUGUAGAAUAUAUAAAUAUGAUCCUAGGUUCCUCUGUUCAUAUACCUCAUACUUUGAAUUAAGUUUAUUCUAUAUGUGAAAACAAAAUACAAUUAACAGUGAUAAAUUGUAAAAUAGAUUUGGCAAUGCAUUUGCAGACUUUGACCUCUUUGAGUUUAUUUCUUUUAUGUUGCAAAUUUAUGUAGACUCUGAUUUGACCGGGUCCUGUGAAAUCUGCCUAAAUCUGAAGAGCAGCCAACAUUAUUUAGUUUUACUUGUUUUCUAAUAGAUGGUAGCAUUUCCUACUCUUAUAAUUUUAUUUGAAAUGGGGGAAUGUGUACAGAUUUGGGUAUAUAUUUUCCUCUGUCAAAAUCAGUGAUAGCCAAGUUUGGCAGCUUGAAGGUGGGUGAACUUCAACUCUUACACUCUUAGAAUUCCCCAGCCAGAAGAAAUUGGCAAGGUUGAGAAACAUUGGUCUAAAUCAGGGGUCAAACUGGAUUUCUUUAAGGGCUGGAUCAGCACUCUAGUUCUCAUCUGUGGGCUGGCCGGGGGGAAGGGGAGAGAUGGGACAGAUGCUUCCUGCAGCACUCUGCAGGCCAAAACGGGGUGCGGGGGCCCCCGUACACUGUUUUGGCUGGCAGAGUGCUGCAGGAGGCCGUCCAGGCCAAAAAUGUUUUGCCUGCCAGAGGCACUGUGGACCAGUCAUUUUCUAUUUCCAGGUAGGCCCCAGGGGCCAGAUUCGGCCCACAGGCCUUGAAUUUGACACCACUGGUCUACGUAGUCCUCAACUUAACUUGAACAAAAUUUUCUGUUGCUAAACAGUUAUUAAGUGACUUUUGCUCCAUUUUAUAACCUUACUUGCCACAGUUAAAUGAAUCACAGCAGUUUUUAAAUUGGUGACACAGUUGUUAAAGUGAAUCUGGCUUUCCCAUUGACUUUAGUUGUCAGAAAGUUGCAAAGGUGGAUCACGUGUCCCUGGGACACUAACCAUAAAUAUGAACCAGUUGCCAAGCAUCCAGAUUUUGAUCAAAUGACCAUGGGGAUGCUGCAACAGUCUUGUGUGGAUAAACUGUCAUAAAUCAUUUUUCAGUGCAGUUGCAACUUUGAAUGGUCAUUAAAUGAAGGAUUGUAAGAUGAGGACUAUCUGUAUUUCCUUGCAAUUUUUGUACCAGCUUGGUAAACCAGCACUGAUUAGUUAAAAUUCCUCUUAUUAUCUUGGCAGGAAGAUGUUAUGCAUCUUUACUUUGAGUGGAGGAAAGUUUUUUCUUUUCCUUUGGCAAAAUCAAGAGGCUUGGAGUUGUAGGUCAUUAAAUUAACAAACUAUUGAUAUUUCUGUUCCAUUAGUUGUAUAAUUAGAUCAUAACAGCAUUGAGCUGAAGUUAGAUAUUACCAUCAAAAUGUUACCCUAUCUUACACUAUUAUUACAAUAGUUUAAAGAUAGAGGUUUUAUAAUGUGUUUACUUGCUUAAGGCCUUUUGUUCAGUGCCUUUGACGUUAAAAAGUCUUAAUAAAUUUAACCCUAUCAUAUUUUACUAUAUAAACAUAAGGACUUUUUUCCUUUUCCUUUUUGAAAAUCAAUUAAGUAAAAUAAUUGUUUUAGUAUUUUAUUCUUAGGAGCUUCCAUUAGUUUUCCAUUCAAGGGAUAAACAAUAUCAAUUGCAGUUUCAGCAAUUCUGUAGUAUAUUUCCAAUCUGUAAAGUGGUCAAUAAAACCUCUUCCCCAUAUUUUUAAUCCUCUUUUUAAGAGAAAUUUUGUCUUAAAUAUUUUAUGUUGAAUUGUCUGGUAAGUUGUUUUUACAGUGAUAAGACAGAAUAUGUAUUUACAUUUACUUACAUAGUGUGCAUUCGUAGGCUUUGAAGGUAUAUUCAUUAUUGUUCUCUGUUCUUUUAAAAUAUUUUUUGUAUUUAGCAAUAUUUUCUCUUUUUGAUAAAUACUGUUCCUGUUCAUCAUUCAAUUAGUGUGAGAUUGCUCCUAAAAAAAUGGAGUGAGGAAGGAAACUGGAAUGCUAUGAAGCAGUGAUGGCUAACUUUUUCCUGACUGAGUGUCCAAAGCGCACUCAUCCGUGCACGACUGAACCCCCAAAAUGCAAUGUUUAUGCGGUCCCCUCCGCACGUGCCCCACAGAUCCGAAGAUCAGCAAGCUGGCAGGAGAUGAACACACAUGCAUGGUGGAGUUGAACUGGGGCAACAGCUCGCAUGCCAUCAGAGAGGGUGCUGUGUGCCACCUCUGGCACACGUGCUAUAGGUUCGCCAUCAUGGCUAUAAAGCAUCAGCCUCCAAAAUGUUUUUUGUUUCCAAGCCGACCAUGAAUACUAAGUAGUCUCCACAUGCUUCCUAGAAAUAAAAAAGAAUUAGUAGCUGUAAUCAAUGUUUUGUCUAUCUACCCAAAAAAGAGAAAAAUAUUAUUAGAGUUGGCAGUAUUUACAAAGAACUACAGAGAAUGGUAGGAAGCAAUACACUGUUUGCUUUCUGAUAAAGGUUAUGGCAAGUCACACCCAUUGUAGCAGCCAUCUUUGAACAUCAAAAUGACAUGUCUGCUUAUUGGCCUCAAAAGACUAGGAGCCAUUGUUUUUGUAACCUUUUACAGAUAGAUAGAUGAUAGAGAGAUAGAUAGAUGAUAGAUAGGACCAAUUAUGAAAAAAAAAUACUACUUGUUUGUAUCAUCUUGGUUUAAGUUCUUCCUCAUUAGGAAAAAAAUCCUAUAGAAACCUGUUUAAACAAUGAAUGUACAUGUUAUAAAUUGUAUAAAAGACCCAGAACCUUUGGUAGAGAAUAUAUAGUUCAAAAUUGGUGACACCGCAGGCUGCAUAACUUAAAUAUAUAUAUAUAUAUUUUUUGCCAUUUGGCAGGAUAUUAGUUUUCCUUGCCUUCUCCAUUAUGUUUAAUUAUUUCACUUUCUGGAAGUCGAACACAGGUCUCUGGAUGAAGGCUUUCUAUUGCAGAAAAUAGCUCCCAUUUAGGCUAAGCAACACAAAAUUAAAGAAACAAAUUCCAUGCCUGGAGUCUUUCGUCCCCAACAGUAAAUGGGUGUGUCAGGUAGGACCAACACCUGUUUUCUUGUAAAAUGGCAGUGUCAAAGAAAGGGAGAGGGAUGAUUGAGCCACUUUCUAUAAAACCAAUAUUGUAGUACAAGACAAUGAUUUUCAUGCCCUAUGGGAUGAAAUAGCAAAAGGUAAAAUUGGGCACAAAUGCAUUGGUUAGCAAUGGAAGUUCCAGUACUGACUAUGGUUGUAAGUCAAGGUUCUUAAGUACUUAUGGACCCUGCACAGACCACAUGGAGUAAUAGAUUAAUACAAAUUGAUGGUUUAUUGUUAUUUAAUUAUGGGUUUGCAGUCGAGUACAGCUUUCGUGGCAACUGCAGUAGUGCUUAUAUAUCUCAAAGUUCCAAAUAUAAUCAUCCCCAAAGUUUGGAACUAUGUCAUUUUUUAAAAGAGUUGAAGACCACAGAGUAACUAUGAGCCCAUGGCAAUAUGUAAUCAUCAGGGAUCUUGUAUAGUGUUUUCAUGAUUGUUAGUUUUAAAUUGUGAUAUAUCUGUUUCAUCAAUGUUCAAAAACAUUGCUGCCACCGGAAGCUUUAGGGCUGCAGCAUGGGACUUGGGUUCUCCAUGUCUUGUGUAGAAGCUUUUUCAUGGGGUUGAAAAUACUUUAUUUGUUAAGUGAGUUUUGCCUCAUUUUAUGUCUUUUUAGCCACAGUUGUUUAGUGAAUCAUUGCAGUUAAGUUAGUAACAUGGUUGUGGAUCUGUCUUUACUUAACUGCACUUUCUGUACUUUGCUUGACAGAAAGUUACAAAAAAUGAUCACAUGACUUCAGAUACUACAACUGUCAUAAAUGUGAAAAAUGGUCAUUAGUCAGUUUUUUCAGGGCCUUUGUAGCUUUGAACAGUCACUAAAUGAACUUUUGUAAGUUUUGGACUACCUGUAUAAACAUUUUAAGGCAAUGGUCCCCAACCUUUUGGGCACCAGGACUGGUUUCUUGGGAGAGAGAUUUUUCCACAGAAUGGAGGGAGUGUGGUUUUGUGUGCUGCCUGCAUCCCACGGAUGGGGCUUCACUUAUUUGUGUGGACUGGUUUCUGGCAUUUCACAGACUGAUGUUGGUCCAUGGAGUUUCCAGGGGUUGGGGACCCUGUUUUAAAGCACUAAAAUAAGAUGAAGUGCUAUUUUUUGUUUGCACUUUUGCUCUAAAUUGUUUGACCUAGAACAGAAUAGGUUUAUUUGGCCAAACUAUUUGAUUUGGAUGGAAAAAUACUGGCUUCACCUCACACAUAGGGAGAUAGAGUGGGUCCCUCCGCUAGUUUGGGAGAUUUUCCAUCUUUUGUUCUGGAUGGAGUUGCGGUACCUAAGGCGAAACCUAUGGACAAUUUGGGGUCCUCCUCCUCCAGUUUAAAGAAAAGAUGACUGCCAUGACUAGGAGAACUUUUGCAUAUCUGUUAUGCACCAGUUGACAUCCAUUGCUCAGCCAGGAGUCUCUACUCGCAGUCCCUCAUGCCUUGGUCACCUCCCAAUUGCACUACUGCAAAGAACUUUAAAUGGGGCUGUCCUUGAAGAACAUUUGGAAGGUUCAGCUGAUGCAAAAUACAGCAGCCUGGGCAAUUAAAGAUGCUUCUUAUUCAGCAUGUGCUCUGCAAGCCUGCAUUGAAUGCCAGUAUGCCUCUGACUUCAAUUGAAGGUUCUAGUAGUUACCUAUAAAGGCUUGCAACUGGGUUACUUGUGGACCCCCAGAGCAGACCUGGGCAUUUUAUGACCCUUGGGCCACAACCAGCCCUUUAGCUGCCCCUGUCCAGUUGCAUCAGUUAUAAGUUAGAAAAUAAAUUGUAAACAGGCACACUGCAGCAGGCAGGAAAAGAAGCCAAUUGAGGUCCUUUAGUCAGCUGAUGAGAGAAAGAACUUCUCUGCCUCUAUGGCAGAAGAGCAGCAGCCAAGGUGAGGCAAGGGUCUGCGCUCCAUUCUCAACAUGUGGGUGCCUCCGGUAGAAUUAAGUUCAGCCUAUUGAUUUGGCCCUCCAUAACAGUCCAAAUUUCUCACAUGGACCCUUGGGAAAAAUUAAUUGCCAACCCCUGCUCCAGAGAUUAGACUUGCCCUGAUUUUUCUGAGUGUUCAAAACUUUGAAAACCGACUUUGUUAUUCAGCCUUAGAUCCCAGCUGUGUCGUUGAGCCUGUACAGUUGUAUUAAGUUAUUUUUUAAUCUUGCCUGCUAUAUUUGUUGGAAUUGGAAAUAUAUUUUUGUGUUUACUGGGAGCUUUAUUCUACUGAAAACAGAAUAUUUAGAUUAUAGGAACUAUUAAAUUACAUUAGUAUUUCUAAAUCUUAGAAUUGUAUUGUUUUGCAUCUUAGUCAGACUUGUAGGGAUUAUGUAAAAAAAUGGUUUUAACACAUAACAGAGUUGGAAGAGACUUUGGAGGUCUUGUAGUCCAACCCAAUUUCUCUUGCACAAGCAGAACACCCUCUACCAUUGCAGACAAGUGGCAGUCCAGUCUCUUCUUAAAAGCCUCCAGUGAUGGAGCAGCCACAGCUUCUGAAGGCAAGCUGUUCCACUAUUAUCUCUCUGUCAUCUCCAUUGAGGUGUUUAUAAAACAUACAAUUUGCAUUCAUAUUGAAGUUUGUAUUAAUAAAGUUAAAUUUAGCAGUAUUUGGGGGUAACCAAUAUUUGUUAGUAAAAUGAUGCAUUUAUAUAACACAUACUUAACAGUAGGAGUUAAAAAACCUGAUUUGGAUCUAGAUAAUUAUGAGCAUUAGUGCUGUUUGAUUAAUUCUUCAUGGAAAAAAAUUCCCAGUCCAUUAAAGCAAAUAUAUGGGAAGGUAUUUCUAAUGUGAGGAUACUGAAUAUGAGGCUAAGAUAUUGAAUGAAUUUGUGGGUAUAAGGAGAUCUAAAGUAAUUUAUAUAAAUCAAAUAACUUCAAUUUUGGUUCACAUUUCUCACGUAAUGCUCUUCUGCUAGGUUGGAAACAGCCCUUCUGUGUGUGGAAGAGGCUUUCCUCUAGUGGAAGGGCUCCUUUGGAUCCAAGCCACUGGCUCCAGUGGCCAUUUGGAACAUAUCUAACAAUACACAGGCAGUAGAGUGAAAAACCAGUGUCAUUAAAUGAACAAUGCAGAUACAGUUAUGAAGCUGAAUUUCCUAGAAAGGAACUUGGAGGAAAAAAAGCAAGAGCAGAAGUCGUAGUCAUGAUAGGAAGAGAAGCAGAAGCAAGGACCGCAAACGAAGCCGUGAACGUGAAAGAAAGAAAAGCAAGAGUCGAGAAAGAAAGCGCAGUAGAAGUAAAGAAAGGAGACGCAGCCGUUCAAGAAGCAGAGAACGUCGAUUCAGAGGCCGUUACAGAAGCCCCUAUUCUGGUCCCAAGUUCAAUAGUGCCAUGAGAGGAAAAAUUGGCUUGCCACACAGCAUGAAAAUAAGCAGACGUCGAUCUAGGAGCAAAAGUCCUUUUAGAAAAGACAAGAGCCCUGUAAGAGAGCCUAUUGAUAAUCUUACCCCAGAGGAACGGGAUGCUCGAACAGUAUUCUGCAUGCAGCUUGCAGCAAGAAUUAGGCCAAGAGAUUUGGAAGAAUUUUUCUCUACUGUAGGAAAGGUCCGUGAUGUACGCAUGAUAUCAGAUAGAAAUUCAAGACGUUCGAAAGGAAUUGCUUAUGUAGAAUUUGUUGAUGUCAGCUCAGUUCCUUUGGCCAUUGGAUUAACUGGACAGCGAGUUUUGGGAGUGCCAAUUAUUGUACAAGCAUCUCAGGCAGAGAAAAACAGAGCAGCAGCAAUGGCUAAUAAUUUACAAAAGGGAAGUGCAGGCCCCAUGAGACUAUAUGUAGGCUCAUUACAUUUCAAUAUAACUGAAGAUAUGCUUCGUGGAAUCUUUGAACCAUUUGGCCGGAUUGAAAGCAUUCAGCUAAUGAUGGACAGUGAAACUGGGAGGUCCAAAGGAUAUGGAUUUAUUACUUUUUCAGACUCUGAAUGUGCUAAAAAGGCCUUGGAACAAUUAAAUGGAUUUGAACUGGCAGGUAGGCCAAUGAAAGUAGGACAUGUGACUGAACGUACAGAUGCAUCCAGUGCCAGUUCAUUUUUGGACAAUGAUGAAUUGGAAAGGACUGGAAUUGAUUUGGGAACAACUGGUCGUCUUCAGUUGAUGGCAAGGCUUGCUGAGGGUACUGGUUUGCAGAUUCCUCCAGCUGCUCAGCAAGCACUGCAAAUGAGUGGAUCAUUAGCAUUUAGUGCUGUAGCAGAUUUACAGACAAGACUUUCUCAGCAAAGUGAAGUCUUAGCUGCAGCUGCUUCUGUACAACCACUUGCAACACAAUGCUUUCAGCUGUCCAAUAUGUUUAACCCUCAAACUGAAGAAGAAGCUGGCUGGGAUACAGAAAUUAAAGAUGAUGUUAUUGAAGAAUGUAACAAGCAUGGAGGUGUUGUCCACAUUUAUGUAGACAAAAAUUCAACUCAGGGCAACGUGUAUGUCAAAUGCCCUUCAAUAGCUGCAGCAAUUGCAGCUGUCAAUGCAUUACAUGGAAGAUGGUUUGCAGGUAAAAUGAUCACAGCAGCAUAUGUUCCUCUUCCAACAUACCAUAAUCUUUUCCCAGAUUCUAUGACUGCAACCCAGCUCUUGGUUCCAACUCGGCGAUGAAGGAGGAUUGAGUCAGUUUUGUACAUAGCUAUUUUUGAAGGAAGACUUGAGUUACCUUUAUUUAGAUGAAAACAAAAGGAAAAAGAUGUAAAGUCCUUUUGUGUACAUUUCCUGUUACCUUUAAAGAAAUAUAUAUAAUAAGCAGGAAUGCUGUGAUUAUUCUCAUGAUUAGCAUUCCCACUGUAAACAAAGCUGACUACUUGUUCUGCCUUGUAAUUCUUGUACAUUUAGACUUUUGGCUAAAGUAUGGUGUAGGAACAGACAUAGGUUAUAGAAAAGAUUUUUUUUCUGUAAAAAGAUGGAGAGGACAUUUUUAAUGUUUUGCAAGCCUUUCUUUUAAUGCAGAAGUUGCAUUUUACAUUUAUUAAAAUGUAGAUGCUCUGCUAAAGGUUAAAAUGAGAUUUAACUGGACAUUUUAGUGUGUUUUGUAUGGAUUGAAAAUUGAAGAGGCUGCUGAACAAUUUUCAGUCAUCUGAUCUGCUCAUGUAAUGUUAAACAGCUGGUAAAAUUGAGAGGAUUAGAAGAUUUUAUUUCUAGAUGGUAACUUUUGAUUGUCUCUGUAAAAGUUUCUUGUAAAUAAGGUGUAAGGUGUGUUUAGAAUUCCAAACAAAGCUAUCUCUGCAUUUCCAGAUUAAAGUUCCAAUGAUUGCAGGGAAUGUACUUAAUUAAAAGUUGAAGUAGGAAAUGCAGGAAUAUAUUUUGUCUGGUUGCAUAUAAUCUCUGCUCUUUUUUAAGCUCUGUGAGCUCUGAAAUAUAUUUUUGGGUUACUUCAGUGUGUUUGACAAAACAGCUUAAUAUUUCUAUCAACAAACAACUUUCAUAUGGCAACAAUCUUUGUAAGAACCACUCAAAUAAAAUUCUCUCAAAGGCC